GGAGAAGAUACUUAGAGGGACUUGACUCUCCUCUUAGUGAGCCCCUCUGCUCUGCUGAACCUCUCUCUCCUUGCACCCUCUCUCUUUUUCUGUGCCACUCCUUUUUCCUUUGAAAAUGUCCAGGUCCAUGCGUUCCAGCAGAACCGUGACCACCAGCUAUGGGUCUGUCGGCAGCAGCGGCGGCAGUCUCAUUGGCGGUCUCGUUAGCGGCCGCGGUGGCGGAAGCAAACAGGGCUUCAGUUCCAGCUCUGCAGUUGUAUACAGGUCGACACCAGUGAUGGCGUCUAGCUCCUCAAUGCUUAGGUCCAACAUGGGUGGUGGUGGUGGUGGUGGAAGUUUUGGCAUGGGUUCUGUCGGUGGAGGAAGUUAUGCGAUGAGCGGAAGCGGAUUCGGAUCUAGCGGAGGUUACGGUAUGGUGGUGCCCCACAUUACCAACGUCCAAGUCAACCAGAGCCUUCUGGCUCCCCUGGAUCUUAAGAUCGAUCCCAGCAUCCAGACCGUGCGUCUUCAAGAAAAGGACCAGAUCAAGACUCUGAACAACCGCUUUGCAGGCUUCAUUGACAAGGUGCGCUUCCUGGAGCAACAGAACAAAAUGCUGGAAACCAAAUGGUCACUGCUACAAGAGCAGACCACCACCCGCUCAAACAUUGAUGCCAUGUUUGAAGCCUACAUCGCCAACCUGCGUAGGCAUCUGGAUGGACUCGGCAACGAGAAGAUCAAGCUGGAAUCUGAGUUGAAGAACAUGCAGGGAAUUGUGGAGGACUUCAAGUGCAAAUAUGAGGAUGAAAUCACCAAACGUGGUACCCUGGAGAAUGAAUUUGUUCUCAUUAAGAAGGAGGUUGAUAAUGCCUACAUGGGAAAGAUCGACCUUGAGGCACAAAUCGAUAGUCUCCAGGAUGAGAUUAACUUCCUCAGAGCAAUCUACGACGCGGAGCUGCGUGAGCUUCAGAGCCAGAUCAAGGACACUUCGGUCGUCGUGGAGAUGGACAACAGCCGUAACCUUGACAUGGAGACCAUCAUUGCAGAGGUGAAGGCUCAGUACGAAGACAUCGCCAACCGCAGCCGACAAGACACAGAAGCAUGUUAUCAGCAGAAGGUAGGUUUUGGAAUACUUUGGAAUACUACAAAACCCCACAGGCUGAAUAUAAAACACAUAUUCUGCCUCCAGUAUCAGGAAAUGGAGGCCUCUGCUGGCCAGUAUGGAGAUGACCUCCGCAGCACCAAGAACGAGAUCGCAGAACUAAACCGUCUGAUUAGCCGCCUCCAGAACGAGAUCGACGCAGUCAAGGCUCAGCGUGCCAACCUGGAGGCUCAGAUCGCAGAGGCCGAGGAACGCGGGGAGCUGGCGGUGAAGGAUGCCAAAGCCCGCAUCAAGGACCUGGAAGAGGCCCUGCAGAGAGCUAAACAGGAUAUGGCGAAACAGAUCAAGGAAUACCAGGAACUCAUGAACAUCAAGCUGACUCUUGAUAUUGAGAUCGCCACCUACAGGAAACUGCUGGAGGGCGAGGAACAGAGGAUUAGUGCAGGCGGGGCAAAUGCAACCAUUCACAUACAAUCCUCAGGAUCGAGCGGCGGCGGCGGCUAUGCAGGUGGCGCUGGCGCAGGAGGCGGAAUGGGAAUGGGAAUGGGCUUUGGAGGCGGCAUGGGCACUGGGGGCGGAAUGGGCAUGAGCUACAGCAGCAACAUGUCCGGUGGCUACGGUGGCAUGGGCGGCGGCAGCAGCAGCAGCAGCAGCAGCACAAUGAUGACAUCAAGAACCAGCAUCUCUCGCCGUUAAGACCAGAACCAUAUUGGCCUCUCCUGUUCACCAUCAAAAACCACCCCUCAAAAACCUUCCAUAGCUUCUAUAGCAUACUUCAUAUAGACACAUUUCCUGUUCUUUUUUUAGUUCUUAGAGUCAGAGAGGUUUCAUCAAGCAGAGGUUGAGUCAUGAUAACACAAAUCAGUCCUCUCUUGUACUUGUGACUGCCUUUUAGUUGCAAGUCACACUGUCCUGUAGACAAGAUCAUACUUGUAGUAUCAUGACAGAGGACACCAACAGCAAUGCAACUAUAAUCAUCACACGCUAACAUGUAUGACAUAAAGAGGUCCUCGCAAAAUGAAAUCACUGUGUGGUGCUCUUUUGUUUAGACGUACGUGUUAAGUGUAUACAUGGCAGUCACACGCAGUACUUCACUAUUUUUUGCUAAAAGCUCCACAUGCAACACUCAUUUUGCAUCAAUUUCCACUUUACUCUGAAUGGAAAAAUAAACAUUGGUCUUAAAUCCAUCUGGAAUAAAGCUGAGCUUCAAUGA